AUGGAAUCACUGUUUGCAAACUAUGCUUCUUCAGAUGAAGAUGAAGAGCAUCAACAACAACUACAGCCCUCCAGUUCUUCAAACCCUUCGAAAUCUUCUUCAUCUUCUUCCUUUCUUUCACUUCCCCCACCUAAACCCCAAUCCAAAACUUCCACAUCUGUAAAGCCUCUUGAAAUUUCUGAUAAACCCUCAUCCUUUUUAUCUUCUCUUCCUCAACCUAAAUCCACUUCUUCUUCUUCUUCUUCUUCUUCGCUUUUCUCUGUCCUUCCUCCUCCCAAAGCAGAUCCAUUGUCUUCUUUGGAUACUAAACCAAAAAGGGUUGUUCAGUUUAAGCCUCCUGUCAACCCUUUUUCUGUCAAGUCUAAAACUGUGGACCAUGAAGACGAGGAUGAAGAUGAGGAUGAGAAGGAAAAGCAAAGAAAAAGGUCUGGAUCUUUUACUCAAACAGCUACAGUUAAGUCAUUUUUGACUAGCAUUCCUGCUCCAAAGAACUCCACUACUUUGGGUGUUUUGGGUUCGGGCUCUGGAAGAAGAUCCACCAUUGAAGCAGAUGUCCCUGUUCCUAAUAAUUCAGCUAUCUCGAAUGAGGUUGUAGUUAAUAACAGUAAUGAGAGCCAACAGGUUGAUGGAUCGUUUGCGAGUUCAAUAGGAGGUUUUGAUGGUCCCUCUGAACAUAGUGGUGAUUACACCAAUUGGAAUCAACAGAGUUAUGUGAACCAUGAAGGCUAUGCUGGCUAUAGUAAUGAUGGGGCUAGUGAUUGUUCUCACGCGGCUCCAUCAAGUGUGAACUAUGCCGGCUAUGACAGUAAUUAUGGCGCUUACACUGGUUAUGAGCAGUAUGGUCAUAAUUGGACUGAUGGGUCUAGUGCAUCGGCUGUUACUGAGACGGCUGAAAUUGCAUUUAAAUUGCCUGGGAAGAGAGGCAGGAAUGAUGCUCCACCGCAAGUAGUUGAAGUGAACCAGGACGAGUUGAUGAAGAAUCGACCAAGGGAAGACCAGGCAAGGCUUACCGGGAUUGCCUUUGGCCCAUCGUACCAGCCUGUUUCGAGCAAGGGAAAGCCUUCUAAGCUGCUCAAAAGAAAACAUCAAAUCAGUACUUUAUACUUUGAUAUGAAACAAAAAGAAAUGGAGCUGGCAGAGCGACGUGCAAAGGGGAUGCUAACAAAAGCACAAACCCAGGGAAAGUAUGGUUGGUGAUGAUAUUAAGCGACAGUUUUAUGGUCUUCGAAGACAUGGUGAACUGGCAACUUCACUUUGUUUGCUCAUCAAAUUUCGGAUCUGUAUUCUGUCCUCUGGUUUAAAUGUUAUUGAUAGUCUUUCUGUUGUCUUUGAAAAUAUUGUAGUGCUGCAGUAUUUCUACAAUUUCCAAAUGCUAUUGGUUCUAUAGGUUCCUUUAAAUGAAAUACUGUACAAUGAAGGGAAAUAGUUGAUUGCA